AUGGAAAUGAACCACCUCAUAGGUUAUGUCGGUACCCUCCACGAAAUCAACCCCGAAGCUUCCACAAUCGCUCUCGAAAACGUCGUGUCAUUUGGCUCAGAAGGACGCCGUGGGAAUCCUGCCGAGGAAGUUCCCCCUUCAACCAGCGUUUACGAGUACAUUGUCUUCCGAGGAAGUGAUGUGAAGGAUAUCAGCAUUGCCGGAGAGGAUCAAAAGGACCCCGCACCUCAAGAACCACCUCGGGUACCAGAUGACCCUGCCAUCCUCGGGGGAACGCAAAGACCAGUUCCUGCUCAGGGACCGGAUGCCGGAGCUGUUCCUCAGAAUCUUCCUCCCCACGGCCCUCCCCAACUCCCCCAGGGAGCUGGCCCUACACCUCCUGGAUACCCCCAGCAGCCUCAAUUCCAGCAAGGAUUCUACCCACCUUACGGACAGCGAUUUGGACCCCCUCCUCCCUUCCCUCCAGGUCCAGGUUUCCCUCCAUAUGGUGCUCCACCGGGAUGGUACCCUCCUCCGGGCCAUGGAUUCCCUCCUGGCCCUGGCCAAUUCCAACCUCCAAUGCCCAUUGGACCUGGCCAGCAGCCUGGGUCACAACGCCCGGGACCUCCCGGUGCCGCACCCGCGCCCAAAUCUACCUCUGAGCUCCCAGUUGACGACAAGGUUCCUAACAAUUCUAUGAGCCAAAACGCGACCCCGGCCAUUCAGAAUGCUCCCACUCCUCCAGUCGAGUCCAAGCCUUCUGUGGCUGAAGCUCUGCAAGCUCCUAUCACCUCCGCUCCUCCGGCUGCUGUCCCUCAGAAGAAUGGCCGAGUCAUGCCAGCCAUCCCGAUCGCUGCCCCGAAGCCUGCUCCUCAAGCUGCCCACAUUCCUACUGCCCCACGCGGCAACAACCAAUCUAUCACUGAUGCCACUGCGGCUGCCACCGCUGCUGUCGCUGCUGCUAUGGCCAAAUUGCCGCAGCCUGGUGCGCAAAAGCAGUCUGGACACCCCGAAGCUGGGGUGGACGCGUUAACGCAUCAGAUGAAUCACAUGCGCCCCUACGACAACAACCGUGCUCCCCGAGGUGGCCACCAACACCCCCGUGGCGGACGCGGCGGUCCUCGUCCCCAACACCAACAAAAGAAGAUUGAAGUCCCCCAAUCGGAUUACGAUUUCCAAACAGCAAACGCCAAGUUCAACAAGCAGGAUCUGGUGAAAGAGGCCAUUGCUACUGGAAUCCCUGCUGCUGAGGCUGAGGUCCACGCGGCCGAGGAAGCGGAAUCCAUGGAGUCCAUGUCGAACCCGGGCGGUUCUUCCAACCCUGGCUACAAUCGCGGCUCUUCCUUCUUCGACAAUAUCUCCAGUGAGGCUCGUGAUCGUGAGGAAAACACCACUCGUGUAGGUGGCCGUGAAUGGCGCGGGGAGGAGGAAAAGCGCAACAUGGAAACCUUUGGACAGGGUAGCGUUGAUGGCUACCGGCCUAACUACCGCGGCCGUGGACGUGGACGUGGCUAUGGACGUGGUCGAGGUGGUUACAGCCGUGGUUAUGGCCGUGGCCGUGGCGGCCGCCCCACUUCGGAGUCCACUGGCGUCCCCUCUCAGGGUUAA